UUUAGAAUCGGAACAGACAGCAUCGCAUAUCCUGCUUCAUUCCUCUUUCUCCCCUCCAAAACUCUCUGCAAAUUCCUUGAAAGCAAAGCAAUCAAAUGGCAGAUCACAUAACUAAAGGAGAAGAAUUCGAGAAGAAAGCAGAGAAGAAGCUCAGUGGCUGGGGCUUAUUCGGCUCGAAGUAUGAAGAUGCUGCAGAGUUGUACGAAAAAGCUGCCAAUUCCUUCAAACUCGCAAAAUCAUGGGAUAAAGCUGGUUCUAUUAACAUCAAAUUGGCUAAUUGUCAUUUGAAGUUGGAUAGCAAGCAUGAAGCUGCUAAUGCUUAUGCUGAUGCUGCAAAUUGUUAUAAGAAAACAUCUAACAAAGAGGCAAUAGCAUGCUUAGAGCAAGCAGCAGCUAUUUUCUUGGAAAUUGGUAGACUCAACAUGGCUGCAAGAUAUUACAAGGAAAUUGGUGAGCUAUAUGAGGUUGACCAGAACCUUCAGCAGGCCAUUGAAAAAUUUGAUCAAGCUGCUGAACUUUUCCAAAGUGAAGAGGUAACAACCUCUGCCAAUCAGUGCAGGCAGAAGGUUGCACAAUUUUCUGCACAACUAGAACAAUAUCCAAAGGCAAUUGAGAUUUAUGAAGAGAUAGCACGACAAUCACUCAACAAUAAUUUGCUUAAAUAUGGAGUUAGAGGGCAUCUUCUUAAUGCUGGCCUUUGCCAACUAUGCAAAGGCGAUGUUGUGGCCAUAACCAACUCACUGGAGCGAUACCAGGAAUUGGAUCCAACUUUUUCAAGAACAAGGGAGUACAAACUUUUAGCUGAUUUGGCUGUUGCUGUUGAUGAAGAAGAUGUUGCAAAAUUCACUGAUGUUGUCAAGGAGUUCGAUAGCAUGACUCCACUGGAUGCUUGGAAAACCACCCUUUUGCUGAGAGUGAAGGAAAGUCUGAAGGCCAAAGAAUUGGAGGAGGAUGAUCUGACCUGAAUAAUGAAUGUAUUAUCAUUUUGUUGAAUGAAUGUAUUGUCAUUUUGUUGAAUAAUGAAUGUAUUGUCAUUUUGCUUCUUUCACUUUAAAAAUCAAAAUAUACAAAAAAAGAAAAAAAAAAAAAAAAACCAGAUUGGUUUUGGGUUUGUAUCUAGUAAGGCAUGAUUGUUACCCAUAACUAUUUUUCACACCGCUUUUGAAUUUAUAAUGAUUUCUAGUUGUCUGAUUGUGAUUUUCA